GUCAGCCAUGUGUGUGUGUGUGAGUGAGUGUGUGUGGGGAUAGGUUUAUAUGUGUGUGCGUGUGUCGCCGCCGCCCGGACAGCGGGAGGAAACGAAUCGUACGGGGGGAAAAAAAUAACACCACCAUGGAACUGACCGCGAUCGGGGACCGAGUUUUCGCCGCCGAGGCUAUCAUGAAGCGGCGCGUGCGAAAGGGCAACAUUGAGUAUCUGGUGAAAUGGAAAGGAUGGGCACUUAAGCACAGCACGUGGGAACCCGAGGAGAACAUUCUGGACGAUCGGCUCAUAUCAGCAUUCGAGCAGAAGGAACGAGAGCAGGAGCUCUACGGCCCAAAGAAGCGAGGACCCAAACCAAAAAACUUCGUGCUGAAGGCACGAGCUCAAGCAGGUGAGACGCCAAUCCGUAGCUCCAGUACCCGCCAUGCCGCUCCAAGCUCUUCCUCCUCGCCGCCAGUUCCUCCUAACCCUCCGUCUUCGACACCUGUGGCACCGACACCCAGGUUGCACUCUCUAGCUGCCUCACACAAGCUUAAGAAAGAUAUCCAUCGUUGCCACCGCAUGUCCCGGCGACCUUUGCCUCGACCCGACCCCCUAGCAAACCCAGAUGGUUCAUCCUUCCUUUCCCGUCUGCCGAUCUCCCCGUUUUCUGAGACUGUGCGCAUUUUGAACCGCAGGGUCAAGCCACGCGAGGUCAAGCGCGGUCGCAUCAUUCUCAACCUCAAAGUAAUCGAUAAAUAUAGUCCCGGGACGACCAAAGGGCACCAAGGAAGGUCGCAAAUUCCGUCCCGGAAUCGCAUCAUCGGGAAGAGGCAAGGAGACAUGCCCUACAAGCCGUUUCAACCACCCAUGAAGAUGCCCGGCUUUCCCAUGUACGGCCAGCCAUUUGGUCUCCAGCCUUGCCCUCCUUCCUCAGCUUCAGCUGGUGCCAGAGCUCCAUCUGCUAUCGGAACUAAAAUGAGAGCCCAUUCUUCGUCAGAUUCUUCCCGGGUUCGGAUCCAGUCACCCCCUUCUCCGUCCAGCUCCAGUGGCAACGAAAGCGACGCUCCGUCUUCAGCGAGAAGUCAGCCUCGUCGCCAGCCACCCCAGCUUACCGCAACCUCAUGCCCAUCUGUGGCACUCAGCACAGAAACCUUAUCCCAAACUCAUAGUCAAUCCACUGACGUCAAAUCUGGAUCCUCAGCACUCUGUCUCCCCUCCUCUCCACCCCUCUCUUCUUCUUCCUCGUUAUCAUUGUCACCAGAUAACAAAAAACGGAGGGCACAGAAUCUCUGUGGGACAAGGGGCAGGAAAAGGAAACCACGUCGCCGAUUUCAGACAUCUGAUAGCAAUGAGAAGACGGGGGUUAAACAGCUUGACCCCGACUGGCAUCCCAAGAGGACGUCCACUUGCUCCAAUGUCGUUGUUACUGAUGUUGCAACUAACCAUCUUACCGUCACUAUUAAGGAAUUCUGCCAGUCUAGAGCCGGUACUGGAACCUCAUCAUUGUCCCACGCUGAAAACGCCAAAGCUUCCACCACUUAGUCUUCUUCAGUUAAUGCUACCAGUAUCCAGUUGACUCACUGACCCCAACAAGAACUUGCCAUGAGAAUAUUUCCAAAAAAAAAAAAAAUUUAAUAAACAAGCGGUGCCAUCAAUGAAAUUUAAACCUAUUUUUUAAAGAAAUUUAGCUAUCUAUAUAGAUAUCUAUAUAUAAACAUUCAGAGAGUUCACACUCUACUCGUUUCACGUCUAUCCUUUCAUCCCCAAGAGAUUGUCUUCGGUAACUCCGUUCUUUAAUAAUCAUGUGGGAGUAAAAGAAACAAAGGAUCAAAUUGUACUAAUAUAGCUUCGUAUUGCAAUUGCAAUAAGUCUCGCAAUAUAUUCAGAAUCGACCAGUGAAGACUUAAGAUGAGUGCGGCCCCCGGAUCUGUUAGAGGGCUCGUCCGGAUACAGCCUUUUGCAAUACUGUACGUACUCCAAACAUCAAUAGAAUUGCACAAGGAAUUAACAAGAUAUGUUACAGACAACGUUUAACCCUAGAAUUGUGCCUGCUUUUGGUGCUGUCAACGCUGUAGAGACCUCAGCAUGAGCAGUGACCGUGAGUUAGUUAUGCUUCGGCGUGUUGUAAACCAAUCCGUUCUUCUCCACCAUUGAACCCAUGAUUUGCACGCACAAUGCAAGAACCUUUUGGGGUUGUGCUCUGGCCCCUUACAGAAAGAUAACGUCCACCAAGACUCUAAACUGCCACUACGGACUGCAUCACAAGAUUGCUACUGUACAUCAUUUCUCUUCCCUGAUUCUUAGAGGGUCGUAUUUGCCUUCUGGAGUAUUUCAUAGUUUGUGUUUGGUGUGAUUGGUGUUUUACGAUGUCCGACUGGUUUGAGAUCCCUCAACCGGGGACUUAUAACCAUAUACAAAUGUUUAGCCUUUAUGAUGACAGCUUCAUUAAUAAUUGAUGCUGUUCUGAAUGAUUUUUUACUAGUUUCAAUAGAAACACAUUGUUGAUUCUCAAACCAGUCCAGCAGUCAAGAUUCUAGUCCAACUGGGUGAUAGAUCAGACCUGGGAUAAAAACAGUCAAAUGUUUUUUUUUUUUUUCUGAGCUUCCU